UUUUAGCUAUUAGCCGUAUAUUCUAUACUAUUUGUUUUCUUGCUAUGACAAUAUGGCGAUUUCUGCCAAAAAUGAAAUUAUUGCACUAGAUGAUGAGGAUGAUUUUAAACCACCGCAAGUACUGCAAAAUCAGGCUGAUAAGUGGGCAUUUCUGAUGCACUCUUCUCUGAAGAAAAUUAAUAAUACCAUUAGUCAGUCACCAGGAAAACGGGAAGCAAAUUCUACAGUUCAAUCAGGUCGACCUCGUAAACUACCGGUUGUAAUUGUUUCUGAACAGGAUAAUAUGCUAGAGAAUCGAAAUUAUCCAGGAGCGCCCAAUUCAGGACAUUUAACCAACACAGAAGUUAAGGAAAAAGCAGAUCAUCUCCUGUGUGCCGUUUUCAAACACAAGAAGUACAAAACGGCAAUUCAAAAGCAAGCUAUUUAUACCAUAGCUAGAAAGAAAUCUGAUGUUUUCAUAUCUUUGCCAACUGGUGCUGGGAAAUCGUUGUGUUAUCAGUUGCCAGCAUUGAUGUAUCAUCCGGGUGUGACGAUCGUUUUCUCACCUUUAAUAGCAUUGAUUCAAGACCAAGUACUUGCUUGUAAAGCUCGUGGAAUCAAAUGUGACUCACUGAAUUCAAAAACUGGUACUGAAGAUCGAAGACGAAUUGUUGAGGAUUUACGAGCAACAAAACCUGAGAUACAGUUAUUAUAUAUUACACCAGAAUCUGCGGCUACUCCAAAUAUUCAGCGAAUGAUUACAAGUUUGUUCAAAAGAAACUUGCUGAAUUAUUUUGUUGUUGAUGAAGCACAUUGUGUAACACACUGGGGCCAUGAUUUUCGUCCUAGUUAUUUAAAACUUGGAGAUUUGCGACAGCUAGCGCCUGAGGUAUGUUGGAUUGCAUUAACCGCCACAGCUAAUAAAAAUGCACAAGAUGAUAUCGUGAAGCAGUUGAGGCUGAACAAUGUGAAAAUGUUCAAGGCAUCAACAUUUCGCAACAAUUUGUAUUACGAUGUUAUUAUGAAGGACCUAAUAUCUUCUCUUCCUGAGAGACAUUUGGCUCUCUUCAUGAUGAAGGCAUUGGGAUAUACUCAGAAACCCACAUCCACUGCAAAAUCUGCUCCUGAUCUAAAAUCGACGGUUGAUGUUCUUGAUAAAUCAAUGCUUAAGUCAACAGGAGACAGAUUUUCCUCAAAACCUAGGGAGAACUGCGAUAAACUAACUUUUAUGGGUAGUGGUAUUGUAUACUGCCGUACACGAGAGGAAUGCGAGCGAAUAGCAACUCGUCUAACGGCGGAAGGCAUUCCUACGUAUGCUUAUCAUGCUGGUUUGGGUAACAAGCUGCGCGAUGACAUCCAGGACAAAUGGAUGAAAAAUGUCAUUCCAGUUAUUGCAGCUACUAUUUCAUUUGGAAUGGGUAUCGAUAAAGCAGAUGUCAGAGUAGUUGUUCACUGGACAUGUUCACAGAAUCUAGCCGCAUAUUAUCAGGAAUCGGGUCGUGCUGGGCGUGAUGGUAAACGAAGUUACUGCCGUAUCUAUUACAGCAGAGAUGACCGACAGUUGCUCAACUUCCUGAUUAACCAAGAUGUUUUGAAAACAAAGGCUAAAAAAAUAAAUGAGACGGUAAUUAAUGAACAAGUGAAAGCAAUACAACAUGGUUUCGAAAAAAUGGUGGAAUAUUGUGAAAAACCGCUAUGCAGACACGUUUCCUUUGGCCGUUAUUUUGGUGACGAUGACUUACGACCAUGCGGAAAGAGUUGUGAUUAUUGUAAAAAUCCAAAGGCUUGCGAUGAAAUAUUAUCACGCUUUAAUGCAGAAGCUUGGAAAGAUAUCGGUAAUUCACGAUUUCGAAAACGUCGUUUUGAUGAUGGUGAAGACUGUUUCCUAUAUGAAGGAGGUCGAGCAGGAGCCAAAGAAUGGGACAUGAAUGAAUCUGGUGAUGUGGCAUCAGUUUCGGAAAGUAAAGAAAAGCAGUUUCGUACGGAAAUCGUACAACAGGAAUUUGCGAGACGUAGAAAGACAUCUACAACAGCUUCAGGAACUAAUGGUAAGCGAGUCCGUACGAAUUUGUUGAUCACCGAACCAACAGCAAAAACUGUCGCCGGUCUGACAGCUAAUCGAAGAGAAACGGUGCGUACAACAAUUUAUACAGCUUUGGCUGCAAAUUUGUAUGGUGUGCAACAUGAUGCCGAUAUCGAAAAGACAUCGUGUUACAUCGAAUAUGAUAUUUAUAAAAAUUCAAAAAACAGUUUUACUUACCAACAUAAAGUGUCUCAGAAGAUAGCUGAAAUCAGAAAAUGACGGAGGAAAACAAAAAUACGACAUUGUUUGUAAUGAUUCUGGAGCAGAAACAUCGAAAACACUGGGUUUCCAGACGGCUUCAAGCUUAAUUCGUUAGCCAAUAUCAAAAACUCUGUUAACUGGAGCAUUUUUCUCUCUUUGCAUGAAUUUUUUUGUUAUCGUUACAUUUUUCUAUGAUUUUCCAUAGUCGACUUCCUCUGAAGCUUUAUUUCUGCUUUAAUUUGUAUUUUG